UUCGCAAAAUCAAUCAAAACCGCGAACCGGCACAGAGCAAACCAAACACGCGAUGCAAGUGCAGUGAGGUUUGUGAAAGGAAAUUUUAUAAAAGUUUUGUAAGUUUUACGUAGAAUAUUGAUUGCUGAAAGUGUUGUUUUGAGUGUCGCUGGAAGCAGCUAACGGUUGUGAUUUAAUUUGAUUUUUGAGUGCCGGUAGCAGUUCCUUCGAAGGCGAGCCCAACCCGACGACCAAGCCGCCGCCACAAUGUCCUCGCUGGCCGUGCUGGACCGCGACCUGUGCGGUAUCCUGGCGGAGAUGCGCUCGGACAAGGUAACGAUGCGCCAGAAGGCGUUCGAGCGGCUGGAGCUGAUCCUCACCAACCGCGAGGAGGACAUCCUGCGGUACAUGGCGGAGCAAAAGUUCGACACCAACUGGCAGGACGUGCUGGAGGCGGCCCAUCACGGCGCCGAGAAGCAGAACCGGAAGCUGAUUGAUGGGGGGUCGUCGUCGGCGAGUGGUGGUAGUAACGAGGGUAAGAGUUACAUCUACAUCAAGGUCAUCCAGAAGGUGAUCGAUUUGGCGAUGAAUCGGGGCCAGGCGCAGAUCAAAUUUUCGGAGCUGAUUCGGCGAUCGCUGGACGUGCUGGGGGAUCCGGCUAUGCUGCAGUACUUUGGGGUGUGCUACGUGCAGGUGCUCCAGAAGCACGUGCUGAACUCCAAGUGGGACCUGACUGUGAUCACGUAUGACGAGUGGAUUGCUAUACUAACACGAUGCUUCAAACUGUAUGACGAUGGACGGGUAGCGAGACAGACCGUGGUCGGUUGUCUGGCGAUCGCCGUCCGGAAAAGUCUUGAGAAUUGUUCCGUGCAAGGGCACUUUGUCAAGUUCUUGAACCCUCUUGUGAAGAUGAUCACCGAGAGCGAUCGGGGCAAGGUUCAGAACGAACUCAUCAAGGUGGCCGGCCUGUGCGUUUCGGCUCUUGCCGUCGACUAUCGGUACGAGAUCUGCUCCUUCACCGAGAAGAUCGCGCAGCGCGUGGUGAAGGCCUACGAACCGAAGGCGGACGAGGAAACCAAAGCGGCCUUCUUCCGGUUGAUGCACCUGGCCGUGGUCGUGCACUGUCCCGAGAAGCACUUCGGGGACAGUUCCGGGCAGCAUCUGGCGUACGCGGCGGACCAGUCCGAGUGGUACAAGUGUUUGCGGAACUUUUACUUCGUCGUUGGGUCCGAGAUCAAGGCGCACGUUUCGGCCUCGCACGGAUCGGUGGGCGGUCGGGAGGUUCCGUUCGUGGAUGGGUUUGUUGCGUUCGCGGCGCGGUUGUGCUACGUGAUGUUCUGGAACAAUGACGUUUGGAGCCAGACGGACGGCGAGGGAGGCAGCAACGUGAAGAAGGUCAAGAGAGCCAACAAGUUGCAGAGCCUGAUGGAUCUGAUCGAGGUGGAGUCUAGCCAGCCCAACUGGCGGUGGUUGAUCGUCCUGGCGGAGAUUGUCGGGCGCUGUCCGGCGGUUAUGUGUGAAGAGGACUACCAGCCGUUGCUGCAUCUGUUGAGCUGUCUGCAGCCGAAACUGCAGCUCUCUUCCCAGUUAAAAGCGUUCCAUCAGUGCUGUUCCGCGCUGUUGAGCUACGAACGGGAAGAUUCGUUCAAAAAGUCAUCGAUGAUCAACACGACCUUUUGCACCGAGCAGUGGCACAAGAUUAUCGAGGCUGCGUUUCGUUGCAGCACGUCCAACAACAAGCUCGCUCCCGACAACCAUCUAAUUCUGCAGCUGUUGAUCGCCCACCGCAAGCAUCCGUCGGUGGCGUUUCUAACCGGCUUACUGCAAGCGUUCUACGGCUAUUCGAUCGAGCGGACCAACGUUACCGUCGGUACGAUCCGUACGCUGCUGGAAUCGGUACCGCUGGAAGCGCUCGGGGACGUGCAGGACAGCGUCGAGAGGUUGCUCGGGUAUUUGUUCCCAAAGUCGCGCGAGAACCAGGCCAAGGGGAUCCUGCACAACCGGGAACGGUUGGGUGUUAAGCUGCUGGCGACGAUUUCGGUCAACUGUUCGGUUACGAAGCAUCAACGGGUCGGUGAGGGCGGGGAAGAGAGUUUGACGAGGUCGUCGGCUGGCAAGUAUGAAGAGUUGGACGAACGGAUUCGUGAUGUGGAGGGUAACAUUUUGCUGAAGUAUGUCGAUAAGUUGCUGGUUGUUCGAGGGUGCGGCGAAGAUACGUCCGGCAAGAUUCCCAACGUUACGUACAAUAUUCACGAGAAGAACUUUGAGAUGUUGUGCACUGCGUUGAGCUUCGAGAAGCACACGCUUCCAACGGGAGGUGAUACACUUUGUAAGAGCUUGAUCAACAUCCUCGGUGACAUUGAACUCUACCUGGAAAUUCUCAACGAUUUGCUAGCUCAUGGCGCACUCAACAAGGACACGUUUGAGAAAUGCUUGAUCACGAAGAAGACCGCGUUCAAGAUUCAGGAGGUUGAGCUUGGGUUCGAACGAUUGACAAUCCCAACCGCCAUGGAGCUGAACGAUAUCUCUUCAAAACUGCUCGCGAUCUUCCAGGGUCCGUACCACGAGUACAUCUGCCAACUCCUACGAAUCAGCAACUUCACCUGCCUCUUCGUGUGGAUCUUCAAGCAUGCCAAGAAGCUUCCCGAUCGCGACUCGCGGCACAUUGAAGCGCUGCAACUCGCCACCCUGAACAAGGAACAACUAAACCAGCACAAUCUCCUCCUGGUUCUGGCGCACUACAUGAAGUACGACGGAGUCAACACCAACGAAGUGAAGGCAUACCUCGACAAAGUGACGCUCAACAUCGACAACAACCUCGACCUGUUUCACAUCUUCGAGAUGUGCAAAGUGUUCGUGCGGCAGCGAUCGACCUUCUUCCUCGCCGACUGGGUGCUCGGUUACGUGCGCGACAUCUGCCGAUCGCACCACUCGAACAGCGCCAUGACCGAAGCGAUCAUCGUCCUGUUCUCGGAACUGGUGGUGUUUGUCAGCCCGCACGACGGUCUGUUCAACGAUACCAACACGGUGCUGCUGUCGUUCAUCCGGAAGGCCAACAAGGCUAACUACUCGGUUGGUCUGCAGCGAGCGAUCUACGAUCAGGUCAAGUUCCUGCUCAAAGCCUACCCGGACUGCUACGAAUCGCACGAGACGAUCUACGCCCGGAUGGUGACACUGGUGGGAGCGCCAAGCUUCGCGAUCAAGACGAGCGCCGUCGAGAACCUGCUGCACCUGUUCAACGACGGGUGGACCUUUCCGGCGGAGAAGGUGACGGCGGAGUUUUACCGGUUCCAGAUCAAACUCUACGGCAUGGUGACGUUUGCGGUGGAUAACCUGCUGACGAAAGAUGAGAAGCAGAACACUUUGGCGGCUUACUUGCAGCUAAUUUGUGGAACAAUUUGCGGCAAUUACUAUCUACGCAGUCGUGCACUCAUGGAUUUGAUCGAGCAAGUUCAUUUAAAUCAGCUGUCGCAAGAUAAGUCGACCUCAACUCUGAAGUUGAUUAAAUCGGCCAUGAACAUCGAUCCUGCGCUGCUGAUUGAGUCUCACAUGGACAAAAUCGCCGACGAUUGGAUAUCCAAGGGUUACAGCAUCGAUUCAUUUCCCUGGUUCGUCACGAACGCAACGUCCGGGCAAGCGUUUGUUCGAAAGUACACCAACGAGAUUGCUUUCGCUUUGUUGUGUAACAAACAGGCAGAUUUGAAGCAGUUUUGUGCGAUCGUCAAGAUGUCGCCGAGCGAUGUGAUCGAGGCCAUUUCUGCCGAGUGCGUCGCCUUCCUCGUUCCCAAGUGGGCAAACUGCGCCAACAUGUCGGCAAAGUACACCGCAAAAGCCAGCGCCAUGGAGCACGUGCUGGGCAAUCAGCUGGAUUUGAAGCGGUUCGUUUCUGGUGAACAGAACAAUCUGCGCGUUCUCAAACUACUAACAGCCUGCUGUCAGGACGAAAGUCGGAUGGUGGAAAUGUUGGAACGCGAGGUGUUGAUCCCCAGCGACGAACACGUGCUGACCGUGGAAAACUACCUCAGCUGCUUGACCCACUACCAAAGCUUGAUCAACUCCAAGUACUCGCUCGUGACUUAUUUCUGCAUGAAGCAUCCGGCCGUGAUCGAGCAGCUUCUGCUGGAUCUUAAGUUGAAAAUCUACCGCUCGGAAGUUGUCGAAGAGAAGAUAAUGGUUCUGUUUCAGUACUCGACGGUGAUCGAUCAGCUGGAGGAAUACUUUUGCCAGCACCGUUCCACCCAUUUGAAAGAGUUCCUGGCGCGCGAUAUCUGCUACUUCCUGUGCCACACGAUGGUGUCGUCCAAAGCGCUGCACGUUCCGGUUCUAAACUGCUUGAAACGCUUCCUCGAGAAGGUACUCCCGACGUGCGCAGAAUAUUUCCGACCGUAUUUGAACUUCCUAACUUCGUCUCUGCUGUCGGUGUACGAUCACAACACUAACGAAAAGGUGACCGUCAAAACCAUCCACGUGCUAAGGUUGAUCGUGGUUGAUCAUCAGGCGAUGUUCGGCGAUGCCAUCGGCAAGCUCAACCACUUUCCCGAGGACGAAGCAUUCAAAGAGCUGCGACAAGCCUUGCAACAGCACAAGGAGCAGUCACUGUACAAGCUAACACUGGCCGAGGACAUUACCCGGAUGAUACAGCUGCCAAGCCUAAAGUUUGAAGAGUUGACCACGAUGCGUUCCAUGUUGGCGUCGAGAAAGGACGAGCUGCGCGCGAUCUGCGAGGAACUGCAAGCCUCGGACGGAUUCUCGGAAAACUGCUCACAAAACGCGCUGCUGCGCUUGAUCAACGUCCUGAUCAACGAAAUCCGCUCCGGUUCUACCGAUAAGCACAGGAUCGAAGCGCUCUGCUGCCUUGGGGAAAUCGGACCUGUCGAUCUGUCGACAAUGCUGCUUCGUUCGGAUGCCCAAACAGAAAUCUAUAAAACUUCGUGCAACGCUGCAGAGGCCGAAGAACACCUGGUCCAAGUAAUGAUCGUCGAGCUGAACCAACUGGUCGUCAGCAGGAACGUACUGGUUGCUGAACAAGCUGCGAUCGUGUGCUGCCACGUGUUGCAGAUCGGACGGUAUCGCGCGCUUGCGAACAACCUGCGAACGCUGGUUCCGUACAUGGUGCUGGCGGAGAGAGAUGGUCGGAUAUUUGGAGCUGGCCCUAGCGGGAAAUUGAACCUGAGCAACGCGUUGAACGCCGCAACGAGCUACGAAUCGUUUGUGCGAGUGCUGGUGGGCAUGCUGCUGGAGUUCUUUCAGGACAAGGCGCUGAAAUCGCUGGCGGAGGUUGAGCUCGCAUUCGCAGCCAAAUUGAUCCCGUUGCUGGCGCAGAUCGUUCUGAGUUUACACGACAAAAACCUAAACGACGAUGUUGGGAAUUUUGUGAACACAUUCUUCACCAUGUUCAGCGACAACACCAACAACGGUUGUCUCAGUAAAGAUCUGGAGACAAUUCACUUGAUGCUGACGAUUGUGGAGUGUGUUCGGCUUAACAAUCAAAGCAACCCCCAGCACAAGAUUGACCUCAACUGUCUCACCAUAGCUGGGGCAAGUUUGCACUGCCACGCGUACUUCAAGGCCGUCCUGUACUGUGAGGUGUGGGCGAUGCACGAACGUGAUGCCGGUGCUGGGACCGACGCCACCCGUCAGAACGCCCAACUGAUGGACAUUAUGAAAACGGCGCACCUGGCCAUCGGCAUUGAUGACGCGGCGAAGGCGUUCAUUGAUCCUAUCAGCUGCCGCAGUGAGUAUUACCUGCUGGAGCGGAACUACGCCCAGCGAUUGCUGCACUAUGAUGCGGCCAGCUGCAGCAAGGGAACGUUCGAGAGGUCGGCUUACGUGGACGCGUUGAAGGGAACUCACCUGUUUGGGUUGGCCAACAGAAUGGUCGAGCGGACCGAGGUCGACUUUGAGUGUGCUUGGCGGCUUGCGGAUUGGAGCGUGGCGCUGGAGGAUGACGCCGAGGACAGGGUCGACUGGGAGAACAUGUUUGAGAAGCAGCACUACAAGGCGCUCAAGUGUUUGGAGCUGAAGGACGAAACUGCCAGCGUUGCCGCUGUGUCCGAGGGUAGAAGAGUGCUGGCGGAAAUGCUGAAGGUGGCCAGCAUGGAGUCCACCAAGAACGUUUACCCGUUCCUGUGCAAGUUGAAGUUGUUGCAGCAGAUUGAAGACUUUAUGAGCGUUCUCUUCCACCGUCCCGUUGACGGGGAGAAAGACUUGCUCCAGAAAUGGGUUCAGCAGGACAAGCUAACCUACAGUGACUUCUCCUUUAUGGAGCUGAUUUUGUCCCAGCGGCUGGCCAUACUCAAAACGGCGGGAAUCCGCGCUAAACGAACGUGGGCUCCAGAUGCGAUGCAUCAUGCCGCGUUCCAGUUGAUCCACGAAGCACGCGUCACGGGUCACCACGACGUGGCGGCGGCGAAUAUUUGCGCCAUGAUGAACAACCAGAACUUGUCGGAGAACGUCAAGUCGCUGGUAAUGCUUGAAGAUGCACAGCUCAACUGGGCCGUAGGCGACAAACUGUUGGCCAAGAAGCUGGUGAAUGGCAUCGUUGCCGGUGGAAAAUGCAGAGAUCUGCUGGUGAAUGGUGCCGCCUAUCGCAUUUACGGAAGUUUUCUCGCCGAAACGAACGUCGAGGACGUGAAGAAUCUGUACGACAACUUCUUCAAACAAUCAACCGCACUCGUGGAUGAAUCGCUGCGUCAGGCAAGAUCGCAACCGUCCAAUUCCUUCAUCGACUACCAGAGCAAGUGUCUGGAAGGUGACAAGAACUACGUCGUGCUGCACACUGUCGCUACGUACGCCGAUCGUGAGUUCAUUCGACUCAAAAACCACUCGACUUCCAGCGAUUUCAAAGCGAAGAAAGCCAAUUUGGAACGCAUGAAACGCGAGCUAUCGAUGGUCGAAGCCGAGCUGGCCAAACUCAAAGAAACCGAAAAGGACAAGAUUUCCCACCUGCGAAGGGCCAGGAUGAGCACGAAACAGAACAUUGCACGUGACGAGUCUUCGCUGAAAACGAUGGUCUUCCACAUGAACGAGUACCUCCAGAUGGCUCUGCUCUACUACUCCUCGUACGCCAGGUUCACCAGCAUCGAGAGUGACCUCGCCGUGUUCCGCUUCGUUGGACUUUGGCUGGGAAACCACAGCGAAAAAAUCGAAGACACCGUCACCGAAGGUAUCAAGGUGAUCCCAACGCACAAGAUUGUGCCGGUGCUGCCACAACUCGCGCCCCGGCUAGACAACCACACCGAAGGUGUGGGAAAAAUCGUACGGGAUAUCUUGGAGCGAUGCGCGAUUGAUCAUCCGCACCACACGCUGCCUCACAUUUUCGCCCAACUGUACGCGUACGCCGACGUCGAGAGGACAGAAGUGCCCAAGGACGACGAGCGGUUGCAGGGAGCGCAGGCACUGCACGGUCGGCUGGCCAAGUGCGAGAAAAUUGCCGAAACGGUGCAGCAGAUGAGCGAAAUGAACCUGGCGUUUAUCCAGAUGGCGAACAAGGCGCUCGGUGGCGGGGCCAAGGGGUUCGGCGAGUACCGGAUGACCGCACAGGACGUGCUGAAGAAGUGCCGCGAGCUGGACAAGGUGCACUGCUCGACGGUCGAGCUGCCGGUCAGCGAGGGCGGCAAGUAUGGCAACAUUAUCGGCAUACACAAAUGGGCCGACCAGAUCCAGGGCGUGGGCGGCAUUAACGCCCCGAAGAAGCUGGUCUGCCACUGCAUGGACGGUCAGGAGCGGAUUCAACUGCUCAAGGGCAAGGACGACAUGCGGCAGGACGCCGUCAUGCAGCAGGUGUUUGGCAUCCUCAACGUGCUGCUCCGAAAUGACAAGGAAGCCAACCGGAGGAAGCUUGCGGUACGGACGUACAAAGUUGUUCCCCUGUCGCGGCAGAGUGGAAUUUUGGAGUGGUGCUCGAAUACGGUUCCGAUCGGGGUGUGGCUCAUUCCGGCACAUCAGCGGUACCGCCCGCAAGACAUUACGCCGAUCGAGGCACGCAAGCUGUUUGCCGAGCUGGCCAAGUCCUCGGUGAAGACCAAGCAGGACAAGUUUGGCAAGAUCUGCGAUCGGUUGAGUCCGGUGUUUCAUCACUUCUUCCUGGAGCGGUUCCUGAUGCCGGGCAUGUGGUUCGAGCGACGGCUUUGCUACACCAAGAGUGUGGCCGUUGCGUCCAUGAUCGGGUACAUUCUGGGCAUCGGCGAUCGCCACGUGCAGAACAUUCUGGUGGACGAGAAAACGGCCGAAGUUAUUCACAUUGACUUUGGUAUUGCGUUCGAGUUGGGCAAGAAUCUGCCCACGCCCGAGACGAUUCCGUUCCGCUUGACUCGCGAUUUGAUCAGCGGAAUGGGCAUCAGCGGCAUCGAGGGAGUGUUCAAGAAGUCGUGCGAGCGAACGUUGGAAAUACUGCGGGCAAACCACGCCCCCAUCAUGACCAUCCUGGAGGUGCUGCUGUACGACCCGUUGUACAGCUGGAACGUGCUGAGCAACAAGAAGGCGGCCCGCCGUCAGAUGGCGGAAAUGUACGGCGACGAGGAGUCCGGCCUGGGAGGUGGGUCCAGCGUGAACAUUAGUGCCGAGCGAGCCCUGCUGCGGGUAAGUGAUAAGCUGAACGGAAAGGAGGAUGAAAAGUACACAUCCGUGGAGGGACAAGUGGAGAGACUGAUUUUUACCGCCUCAACAAAUCUGAAUCUGUGCCAGCUGUUCCACGGUUGGCAGCCGUACCUGUAAGGUAAGGGGGCGUCGUUGACAUUCCUAUUUUAAGUAUUGUUUUUUGUUCGUCCUAAUAUAACUUGGUUCGUUACUUUUGAUAAA